UUGUAGUUAGUCGAUUUCUCAGUUCUGUUUCGGUUAACCGAAAAAUUUGGUGAAACCUACAACCCUUAAUUUUAAAACAGGUUAAGGAAUAAUUAUGCGAAUUCCGAAUAAAAUUUACCGACUUUUGAACGAAAAACAAGAAAGAACAACGUAGUUACCUUACAAAACAAUAUAAAAACCAAUGUUUGUUAGAUUCAUUUUCUUUCCUUCCAUCACCCCAACAACAACAAAAUGAAGUUUCUUCUGGGAUUCAACAUUCUUCUGCUUCUUCUUUGUGCGAAAUCGUCACUACCUUCUUCAACUCCUGAACCAUCCUCGCCUGAGCCUGUUGAAUUGGACUUUGCAGAUUUGGAUAACAAGUUUCUCUGUCUUCAAAAUGAGACAUUGGAUAAGAACUACGUUCAAUUUGCACAUAAGAAUUUGGGAGAUGGGAGUUUCUUUGCAAUUGCUCCAAACAGCAUGAACAAGACGCUCAAAUUUAAUGUGACCAUCUCUAAAUAUGAUUCCGAAGCUGUGGGACUUGAGGGAUUUAAUAGAGAUGGUAAAGUACCCAAAAUUGUUGAUGCAGAUAUCAAAUCGGAAGUCGAUGGACAGGCUUAUAAAUGGUACGCUAACUCUUGUAUUCCAAUUACUGGAGAAAUGUUUGGGCAUAAAUGCAGUUUUGGAAAAGAGAAAGUUAACUGUACUUUUGUUGCAAUAGGAAAACCGACGUUUUGCUCCACUCAAUUCAAAGCAGAAUGUAAUAUUGACGGGAAACCAAUUAAGGGACUUCCUUCUUACGAUUUGCUUGAGUUAAAACUUCGAAUAAAGAAAUGGGGUAAAUGUAGUGAUACAUUCUCUACAAAUGCAACAGAACUUCAUUUGCUUGUCAACAAAAAUAUUACUAUACCACCCAACAAAAAGAAGAAAAGUGCACCUCUUGAUAAUUGUGUGAAAGAAGAAAUUCUGCCAAGUAUUCCUUCUUUGAAUGCAACAACAAAUAUUUCGGUUCCAUCAUUCUCUAGCAGUGAAGGUCAAUCUCUAGCUUCAACAACUUCUGCUCUUCUAACAUCGCCUAGCAAUACAACAAAAGUUGUUGGAACUACCAAACCAAUCAAAAAAUCCCUUUCAAUAAAGGAUUGUCUAACAAAUCCGUUCUUGAUUGUGUUGAUUUUGAUAUUUGUUGGUUCAUUGGCAGCUCUUGGUUAUCUACUCUUCCGCUUCUUUACUAAACCUAAAGAACCUGAAAAGGAUGCUAAAGUUGUUGACGAAAAAACUGUUGUUGUAGAAGAUGGUCAAGGAACGGGUGUAGGAGGAGGAGGAAAGGAAGUGGAAAAGAAAGCCAGUAACUUUAUGGCUUUGAAAACUGUUGCAAUGGAGGCUGAUGAAAAUAAAGAGGAUUUGGGGGAAACUGGUCUGACGAAUAUUGCUGAUGAUUCUGAAUUGAGUACAAAAGAAAAGGAAUCGAAAAAAGAAAAGAAGGGAGAGGACAAAAAGGGGGAAAAGGAGGACGAUAAUAAAGAUGAAGAAGAGGAAGAAAAAGAAGAAGGAAAGAAUAAAAUCAUAAAUGGAGUUGAAGUCCCAGAAACUAUUCAAGAUCAGGCCGACUUAACAAAGCCAGAAGAUGAUCCUCUAUAUGCUCCUGUAUAA